AGGAUUUCGAUACAACAGAAAAUAGUCUAAGAGAAGGGUAGACUAAAGUAGAUUAAUUAGCUCUGUUUGGCCUUUGACAAAUAACUGCUUUGUGCUUUAAUAUUUUUUUGAUUCACAAUGAAAAUGAUAUUACCAGUACACUGAUUUUCAGAGUUAGUCUUUAAAUUUAUAUUUUUUGUUGAUAUACUUAACAUCCCUGGUCAUAUUUUCAAUUAUAUUAUAAAACUGAAUGUAAGUAAAUUCUUUUUUGCCAGUCUGGCUGGGUUGGAACUUUUUAUGCAGCCCAAAUUGGACUUGAAUUUGUAGAAUCCUCCCACCUCUGAAAAUUCAGAUAUGUACCUCUAUUCCUGGCUGGAGGAAUUCCAUGUAGCUGGGAGCUGACUUGGUGCGGAAGAAACUCUUAUCCUCACUGUGGAAGAAGAAACCACCUCCACAAUUUAGGCCAGAAACCUAUGAACAAAAUGUACCCCUCCCCCAUUUUUCUUUUCCGCAGUGCUGAGAAUUGAAGCCAAAGUUCAAAGUUCCUUACCAAUGAACUACCCUGCCAGCUCUGGUUGUCCUCCCUUCUCCUAAGAGAUGGCAGGCAGUGAUGUCCGGCGCGUCGUGGGCACCCUCCACCUGCUGCUGCUGCUGGCUACCGUCUUGUCCCUGACAGCUGGGAAUCUGAAUCUGGUCUCCGCUGCCUGGACGCAGGAGAAGAACCACCACCAACCAGCACAUUUGAAUUCUUCAUCUCUUCACCAAGUUGCAGAAGGCACCAGCAUUUCUGAAAUGUGGCAAAAUGACUUGAGACCACUGCUGAUAGAACGGUAUCCCGGAUCUCCCGGAAGCUAUUCUGCUCGCCAGCACAUCAUGCAGCGAAUUCAGAGACUUCAGGCUGAAUGGGUCGUGGAAGUGGACACCUUCCUGAGUAGGACGCCUUAUGGAUAUCGGUCCUUCUCAAAUAUCAUCAGUACUCUUAAUCCGGAAGCAAAACGACACCUGGUCCUCGCCUGCCACUAUGACUCCAAAUAUUUCCCUCAGUGGGACAGCAGAGUAUUUGUGGGAGCCACUGAUUCAGCUGUGCCCUGUGCAAUGAUGUUGGAACUUGCUCGUGCCUUAGACAAGAAACUCCAGUCCUUGAAGGAUGCCCCUGCUUCCAAGCCAGAUCUCUCACUCCGGCUAAUUUUCUUUGAUGGCGAAGAGGCUUUUCAUCACUGGUCUCCUCAGGACUCUCUAUAUGGGUCUCGACACUUAGCUCAGAAGAUGGCAUCAAGCCCUCACCCUCCUGGAUCAAGAGGCACCAACCAGCUGGAUGGCAUGGAUCUGUUGGUCUUACUAGAUUUAAUUGGAGCAGCAAAUCCAACAUUCCCCAAUUUUUUCCCCAAGACCACCAGAUGGUUUAACAGACUUCGAGCAAUUGAAAAGGAACUCUAUGAAUUGGGUUUACUCAAGGAUCAUUCUUUGGAGAGGAAGUAUUUUCAGAAUUUUGGUUAUGGAAAUAUUAUCCAGGAUGACCACAUUCCAUUUUUAAGAAAAGGUGUCCCAGUCCUUCACCUGAUACCUUCUCCUUUCCCUGAAGUCUGGCACACCAUGGAUGACAAUGAAGAAAAUCUACAUGCAUCAACCAUUGACAAUCUCAACAAAAUCAUUCAAGUCUUUGUGCUGGAAUAUCUUCACUUGUAAUAUUGGAAUUUAGUUUCUGGUACUUGCUUCUACAGAAACUUCAAGGCACCAUUUAAACAAUCUGAUUCCAGAUAAAUGUGUGUAGACUUCUGUCCAAUAGAUUCAUUCUGUAGGUGAUCGGUGAAUUGUAGAAUCCUACAAUGAUGCCUUCACUAAUUUCCCUCUAGAGAUGAGAAAGAAACAUGUAAAGAAAUAAAAAAAAUAAUUUUUGAAACUCUUUUGGAUAAAGACUUUAAAAUGAAAUUAGAUUCCCUUACCAAUAUCACAGACUUGUAAACAAUAAUGAAAAAAACAAUGAUGUUGUAUGGUACAGUGGUAGUUUUAUAUGCGAUAUAAAAUAGCAUGUUAUGUAAUAUGUAAUGAAACACAGGCAUGGUACUUUGAUAGCCCUUAAGUUUCUUUAAAAAAGCCUUGUGGAGUUCAUUUCUUGGAAAUUAAAGUCUGAAUUAAAUUGUAUACUGUGAA